GUGCUCAAAACACUCUAUUUCCCACUGUCAUUCUACAAACACGUAUAUUAAUUGAUUCGGCUUUCUUAUCGUAUCAAACAUUUAGUACUUUCCGGUGUUGUCGACGCUGCUAAAGGAUAAAUCAAAAUUUCAAACAAUAUUAUGGAUUUAGAUGCGAUUGAUGUGGUAGAAAUUGAGAGUAAAAAUUCUGGUGAUGAAAAAAAUGUUGAUUCCAAGUCAAUAUUAAACGAUCAAAGUGAUAAAGAUCUUGAAGACAAUGAAGAGGAAAGAAACGAGGAAAUUAAAACAGCUGAGGUGAAUCAUGAACAAUUAGAAGAAGGAUUUUGUGAUUGGAUAGUAAAAAGUCUGAGCUGUGUGAGCUGUAUAACCUGUGCCAACUGCCCUGACCGCUUUGGAAAACACUGUUGUUCAUUAUGCAAGUGGGACUUAGAUAUCAAUUUAAAUGCAACAAAUCAUAACACCAAUCCAUCGCAACCAGUGGCAAAUAAGCGCGAUGAAUCGCUUUCGCAAGAUAAAGAAACGAUUAAAAAUUUGGAAAACAAAAUUGAAAAGAUGAAAAAGAUGCAACAAGUUAAACAUAAUGAAUGUAUACGAUUGAAAACUAAAAUUGGAGAACUGUCGGAGGUAAUAACGAAGUUGGAAGGGCAGCUUUCGACAGUAAAGACCGAUAAUGCUCGCCUGCAAACAGAUUUGCUUGAGUGUCAGAAACAAAAUGUAGAUCAUAAGACAGAAGUUAACCGACUUGAAUUGGAACUCACAAAAGCUGCUUCAGAGUUGAUUAGGCAAUCAAUGAAGACACAGGAUCUGGAGGAAACUUUGGAAAGCUGUAGAACAGAACUUAAUCAAAUUUCAAAACAACGCAAGGAUCUAAGUAGAGCUUUCGAUGAGACGGAUGAUCAGCAACGUUUAAAAAUGAAAAAGCUGCACGAAACCUUGCAGAAAUCGGAUUAUGAGAAAGCUGAACUGGAUUGCCAAAUCAGACUGCUUCAUGGUGAAUUGCAAGCUGCAAUAGCACGGGAACAUCAGGCUUUACGUGACAAUGCGCUACUGCAACAGAAGCUGACAGCGCUUGAAAAUCAAUCAAAAUAAAACCCAUAUAGUUUGGAGUUCCCACUGCAAAGGCAAAUUUCUUUUAAAAUUCAAUAUUAUAUAUAUUGUAUCUAAGUCCUUAAACAAAAGUGUUUGCUCAACACAUAGAAUAACGAUUGUAAGAAAAGCCGUAUCGUAUAUGGAACGAGUUGCAGCUAAAAUCGCUAUAUAGACCGUUCUUGACCGCAUUGUUGGCUAAAUUGAUCAUAUUCCAGGACGAUGAUAUAGAGCCGGUAGUCUGUUUAUGUAUUAAAAUUAUUGAAAAUUGUAGAAUGUUAGGAGAUUGUUUUCAUUAUAGAAGACGAAGCAUUUGUUUUGCAACCAUCACGAAUCUCUAGUGUGAGUUAUCUAGAACGUUUAGGAAACUUGUUCAUCGUUUGUUUUAGGGAAACAGAAUAACAACUAAUGCAAAUUUCCAUGUUGAUGUUACUGUAUUCGUGCUUGUGUUCGUGCUAUAUUAUGCCCUAUAAAUUUACUCUUGCUCAGAACGAAAAGGUCAAAAAUGAUCACGGCGAAAUUUAUAUUGUUCAUUAGCUACAAAAUAUAACAUGAUAUUUUUCAUUAUUCUUUCAUCGGGUGAACUAUGUUAUAUUUAUAACCUUAUUUGUAUAUUGCUAUUGUAAUGCAUUGCUAGUUCCAAUUACAUUCAAAGUAUGUAAUGAAUGAUAACAAUAAAUGUUGAGUAAUUACUAUCAUUCUUCUCAUCACAUGUUGUUUUCAUAGGCCAAAAUUUAAUGUAAAAUACAAAUAAUAAAAUAAAAUAUUGAAAUGUCAAAUUAAAAGCUCCA